UCUAUGGUCUACCUACCCAUGAGGCGGGGCUGUCGCUGCUGCUGUGGCGGCCCCGUCGCCGCCGCCGCCUGGCCCGGCCAUGGGCGACUCCGAGGACGAGUUCCGCGAGGUCCGUGGCGCGAAGGCCAAGGGCCAGGUUCUGGCAGCGGAGGCGGCUUUGCCAAAGCUGCGCUUGGGGCGGCGGCGCGGGGGUCGCGGUCGCACUGCGGGCCGCGAGGGGGCUUCGGCCCAGGAGAAGCCGCCGCCGCGCCCCGGAAGCCCACUAAGUCAGCCUUUGGGAUGCCAUGAUGCUGCUUUGGGCGAGGUUGUUCAGCCGGAAUUGAAGCAAGAAGACCCUGGAAGCCAGGAGGAGACUGACUUAGUGUUCUGUCAGAUCUGCCGGAAGGAUCUCUCAAGCAUGAACUCGAUCCAACAUGAGCAGCAUGUCAACAGCUGUUUGGAUGACAUCGAGAGGGUCCGUGGCCUUCAGCAGCCUGCCAGCAGCCUGGUCAUCCCUGCAUGCCCCAUCUGUGGAAAGGGCUUCAGCACCCUCAAGAGUCGAGGCAGCCACUUGAAGCGCUGUGCUUCCCAGAUGGAGGUCCCUCCAACACUCCUUCUCCAGGCAGUGCGACAACAGGCCUUGGAUCUUGGCAGCGGCUGCCUGGCAGCCCCGAGUGGGAAGAAGCGAAAAGGCUCCUCUUCCACUGAACCCUCCGUGAAAAAGCCCAAGACCGGCAAAAUAGAAAGUCUGGACGAGGACCUGAUGGUUGCCAUGGCAAUGUCACGCUCCCUGCUGGAGGAAGAGAAGGCAAAGGGGAGACGGAAUGGCUCCUUGCACAGAGGGAAGCUCCCCAAAGCAGAGAAAAAGACCCGCGGGAAGCCCCCUCCCCACCUGCCACCGCCAUUGUUGCUUCAGGACCCCGAGAAGGCCCGCGAGCAGAUGGAGGAGCGUGUGGCACUGCUGCUUUCGGAGACGGAAGACUUCCCCAGCACCCCUCCGCUCCCCACCAGCCGGCUCUUGGAGGCUGGGCGGCCCUGGCAGAUGGACAGGCGCUUGGCAUUGGCCGCAGGCCGGCAAGGCUCCUUGUGGGCAUUCAGCUCCUUGUCCGAAGUGUGUGCUGCUCCCGGGAGCUUCUGUGCUGCACGUCUCGGGGUUUCUGUUUCGCCGCAGAGGUCAGAUCAGAGGCCAGCUCUGGGUGCGGGUCUGCCACCCUCGGGGACUGUCAGACCAGAGGCAGAGCAUGUGGCCCCUGCUUCUGCUGGGCGCCUUCAGGGCAGAGUCUGUGGCCAGCUUCCAGAUGGCGGCUCUGGGGACCAAAGGGAGGAGCUGGCUUUCAGCCAGAAGGAGGCGGAGGCCCUGCAGGAUCUUGUGGAGCUGGCUGGAGAAGGCCUGACGCUCACUCAGUGGAGACGGGAUGUUCGGCAGGUAGAGGAAUCAGGAUGGGAGCAGCAGCCGCUGCCUAGUGAGGCCCUGCAGAGCUGUUUGGUCCGGCCAGUGGAGGAGGAGGAGGAAGAGCGGCUGCCCCUUAGCAGUUGUCGUCCAACAGCUGCCCUUCGCGCGCUGGCUGCUGCUUUCAGGGGGAUGGUCAACAACCCCCAUCUGAGUGACAUCCAGUUCCAGGUGGACAGUGGAGAGGUCCUGUAUGCCCACCUGUUUGUGCUGUACGCGCGGUGCCCAGAGCUCAUGGAAGUGGUGGACCAUAAAGCUUUCAUAGUGGCAGAAGAAGGGUGUGUUGGGGCCCGCCGGGUGUUGCUUAGUGACACACCAGCAGAGGCCGUUUGUGCGUUCCUGAACUAUCUCUAUUCUGGGGACCACUCAGUCCCUCUCCAUGUACUGCCAGAUGUGGCCGCGUUGGCUGCGAGAUUUAGGGUGCGCGAAUUGGCUGCUCUGUGUCAGCUUAGAAGUGGACGGGGCCAGGCUGGCAGCGGAGGCCGCUGUGGAAGGGAGGAAGAGGAGGAGGAGGAUGGUGGUGGUGGUGAGGAAGAGAGAGCCAAGUCCUUUGAGGCGCUCCUGAACUCCAUGUGGAUGGGUGAAGAUGAAGAAACAGAAGCCUUGACGAAGUGUGCCCACGAAGAGGAAGCUCAGGGCGAGAAUAUGGGUGAGCAGGAACUAGAGGAGAUCUACGAGUUUGCUGCGACCCAGUGCAAAGCGGCUGCAGCCGAGGCCAAGGAGGAGGUCCGAGGGAGCAGUGAGGGCAAGAGGCAGAUGUCCCGUGCUGGUGCCUGCCCAAGGAAGGAGCUGGAGGAGGAGGAGGAGAAAGACCCCUUGACUGGCAGCUCUGUUGCAACAUGGAAAGGGGACCCAGAACCUUCCCGAGUCUGUGAUGCCCGGAGGGAAGAGGGCCCUGGAACGCUUCCUUGGGAACCUCAAAAAGAUGCAGGGGCAACAAGGCCCCUUGGAGAGCCAGCAGCGGAGGUGCUCCUCGAUUUGACGGGGACUUCAGAGGAGGAGGAUCAGCCAGAGUGUCGGGAUGGGGCUGCAAGCCUGUUUCCUGUGAUGCAGGUGGCGUCUUCCGAGCUGUCCCGGCAGUACCCUGACGCCCAGGAGCCCAGUACAGAGCCACUGGCUAAGAAGUCUUCCCGGCUCCAGGACCUCCUGCUGGGGGAGAGGAAAUGCCUCGGGGCUCUGUCGGGUGACUGGCCUGAGCCCGGUUCUCUCCCAGGGCCGUCGCCCAGAAAACCCUCAGGUGCUUCUUCUCCCGCGCUGUCCUUUUCCCCGCCGAGCACCACUGGGAAACCCUUUGGCUUCCCAAAGGAAGAGCAGCUGGAGUGUGCCGAGGAGAAGCAAGCGCUGCCUUCAGGGCAGGCUCUGUGCAGUCCUGCCCCUCUGCCAGCCCCACCCCACGGACCCUUGGAUGGGAGCCUUAUUUGGGUGUCGGAUUCUGAUGACGAGGGGGGGCCAGGCCAGGGGAAGCCGCCGCCGGAGGCAUCAGUGGGGACACUUGGCCGGGCCGCAGCCAUCUCCAGCAGCCAGAGGGCAUCUCCCCAGGCCGCGAGGGAGGAGGGUGCUGGGGGACCUCUAGUCUGUAGGGAAGCAGCUCCCCAGGGCAAGGGCCAGCAGCUUCUCAGGCUGAGCAGCGACGACGAGGACAGCCCGGCCGAGGGCUCCGGCUGGAGCGGAGGGGAGAGGACGCUGGUGCCGGACACUCCUCUGCUGGGCCAGAGGGCAAAGGCUGGCUGGAACUCUGUGACCCAGGGGAGCCCUCCGGUAAAGAGGCGGACUCCACCCUCGCCUGGCCGUGGCAAGCCGGCAAGCUCCCCUCUGGCGGGGCUGGGGGCUGAUGUGGUGGUCGUGGAUGACAGUGAAGAGGAGCAGGAGGCCCUGAUGCUGGAGGAGGCCCUGCCCCUUGCCGAGGGCGACGGAAGCUUCCUCCUGCCCCUCACACAGCUGGAGAGGGCACGAGCUACUGUUGCCGGCCCCUGCCAGAGCACAGGCUGCCGACGCCCUGGGCCCGCGAGAAGCCCCUGUGGCGGAAGCCGUGUGGCUAGUGGAGCAGCGGGGCUUGGCUGUGGAGGGGCGGAGUCGGCGGAGUGCGGAGCCCACGAUUGGGCCGCUUGGAGCGGAGAGGACUCGGACAACAGUGAGGUCCUGCCCCUCACCCAAAGGCUGUUUGCUGCAGAGCCCGUCGAGAAGACUCCUGAACCGGCCUGCCCGGCCAGGGAGUCACUGCCCUUCCCAACUGCGCGGACCCCGACGCCAUCUUACUCCAUCAUGGAGACCCCCGAGCUCAAGAAGGAGCUGAGCAGGUUUGGAGUCCGCGCUCUCCCCAAGCGGCAGAUGGUAUUAAAGCUGAAGGAGAUCUUUCAAUACACCCACCCGAGGGCCGCGGCUGACAGCGAGGGAACGGCCGGGCCCGCCCAGCCGAGGCGGCGCGGCAGCCCCACCAAGGCGGGCUCGAGGGCACCCAGGUCAGCAGUGGCCUCCAGCACGCUUCGGACGCAGCCGCCGGGAUUUGCUGAGCCGCCUCGGGAGCGGCGAGAGAGGCAGGAUGGCCGCCAACGCUGCAGGGGCCCGUCUGGAGCAGGCGGCGAGGGACUUGGGCAGCUGGCCAAGGGGCGCCGUGCGCAAGCCGGAAAGGGACGGUCCAGGGAGGCAGCGGCAGCAGCUCCAGGAGGACCCUCGUCUGACCCCGUCCCCGCGGCUUCUCAGGAGUCCACUGGAUCCUCUGGGAGCGAUGUGGCUCUGGGGUGUCCAAGCUCUCCUCUGACUGAGUUCCAGAUGGGCACCCAGGCCGAGGAGGAGGAGGAGGAGGAGGAGGAGGAGAGCCUCCCGGCCUCUCAGGCCCUGGCCCUGGAGGCGGCCAAGCUGGAGGCCGUGCGGCACUACAUCCGCUCCACGCCAGCCCUCUGCCGCCAGAUCUUGCUGUACCAGCCUUUCGAGCUGGCCGGCCUGCAGGCAGAGCUGAAGCAGAACGGCAUCCGGAUUGCUCUGGGCAAGCUGCUGGACUUCUUGGACGCGCACUGCCUCACCUUCACCACGGCCGAAGCCCGGAGGGAGAAGCGGCAGCAGCAGCACCACCACCACCAGAGGCCCAAGACAAAGCGGGGGAGGCGGCGGUGAGGGAGGGCAGCAGCAUGGCUGGGCUGGGGGCUUGAACUGCCCAGCCAGAUGACUGUCUGUCUCUAUCGUGUGUGUGUGUGUGUGUGUCUUGUGUGUGAGUGCCUCCGUUUCUGUCUCCUCCCCCCCCCCACACACUCCCUUUCUUCUGCCCUCUUUCACAUCUUUCCUUUGCUCUAGUCCAGGGAUUCUCAACGUUGGGUCCCCAGAUGUUCUUGGACUUCCAACUCCCAUAAUCCCCAGCCCCAGUGGCCUUUGGUUGGGGAUUAUGGGAGUUGAAGUCCAUUAACCUCUGGGCACCCCACGUUGAGAAUCCCUGCUCUAGUCCAAGCAUUCCCAACCACCGGUGGUUCUCCCGGAUGUUGCUGAGCAGCCACUCGGUAUGUAGGUCAGGUGUUGCUGAUCUCCAGUGGAACAUGCAGUUCAGCAACACCUGGAGGACCCCCAGUUGGGCACCCCUGCUCUAGCCUGCGCGCCCACUCGGUGCCCGGCUGCUGUCCUGGCUCUUGGAGUUCCCUGUGGGGGGCGGGGGGGGGCAUGUGCUGGGCCUGAGCUUUGCUUGGGGAGGAAGCUGCUGGCUGCUGCUGCUUCUGUGCUUCCUGGGUUGAAGGCAGCUUUCCGGAGCAGCUGAGGGGUGGGCACAGGAGAGAGUAGCAGAGCUGCCGGGGCACUUCCUCGCCCUUUCUUGGCCAUGAUGGUCUUUCUCUUGCUCGAUCCCGACACCUUGAAUGUUGCUGUCCUGUCACCCGGGCGGUUCAGGUGUGGCUGUGCAUGGCCUUUGCUUUCCAGGGUCUCGGAUGUCAGCAGGCAGGGCAGGUCUUUCUGUCUUUUCCGCCACCAGAGUGAACUUCUCUCCAAAAUGCAAGCAAGGCCUUAGGUGGGCGAGUUUAAUAUAUCUGUCCAUAAAAUAAAAAUGUUGCGUUUUGUAAAAAC